AAAUGUAAGAACAAACCAUCCUUCCAAUGUUUUUUAAGCAUUGAAGGUACUUCACAUUAUUCUAGAUAUUUGUGAUGAGCAACUUGUUUGUAGAGUUUCUCGCUGAACUCUUAAUGUAAAAUAUCGGAUUAUAUCAAGAUAAGACGUUAUUUAUACCAGAAACAACGCAAAUAGAUUUUUAAUUCAAGCAAACUGCAUGAAGUGGAAAAAAUAGCUGCAAAAUUGAACAGAAUGAUAUCCAAAGUGGUAAUUUUAGUCUGGUUCGUGGUGUUUUGCGGACUUGUAAGCCAAGUAUAUGGAGACGACGAUGAUUGUGGUGCCGACACUGACCUUAACGUAUCAAACGUCAGAUUCACAUUCUUAGACCAAGGCGUUGUUGUCAGAUGGAGCCUGAGGACUCCAACCAACUGUUCCAUCGAAUAUCACGUGGUUGUUCGAGACAGCGAAUUAGGCGUAAUUCGAGAUGAAUAUUUAGAAGAACAGUCCGUUCUGCUGGAUGCCAUGUCGCCUUGCAUCGGGUACAAUGUGAGUCUUAGGGCCGUUAACAAAGCGAUUCCAUCCGCAGAAGGACCACCCCUUACAACUUCCUCCCAAUUUGACUCAAGAGCUCAAAUUGCGCCUCUUCUAAAAUCGCUGCAGGUACAGUCGACGUCUAUCAACACGACUUGGUUAUUAGAAGGAAAUAAAAAUAGAUGUCCUUUAAAAAAUUUCUACGUCAACGAUACGAUAUAUAGACCUAGCUCAAAUUGCACCCAUCCUAAAAUCGCUGGACGUAGAGACGACAUCUAUCAAAACAACGUGGUUGUUAGAAGGAGAGGGAAAUAG